UGUGCGUGGAGCGUUAGUCUCUGCAUUUAUAAGCAAGUGACCUCCUUCAUGCGCACCAGUUUGUUGCUGCUUGAAAACAGGCGCGUGGAAUCCUAAAAUAUGAGACUCUUGGUGUUGACGUGCUUACUGGCGGUCUGCCUGGCCCAGAAGCCUCACCCGUGCUCAAGUCCUCCUCUUAUGAGUGGAGCCCUGAGUGUGUCCACACAGAAUGAGAAGCUGUGGGCUUACGGCCAAUAUCUGUAUGAUUUACUGGGAGAGCGGGUACGGAUCAGCGAGCUGGGCACCUUUCAGAAUAAGACCUUCACCUAUGACGUUCUUAUGCUCUUCAGACAGGCUACCAUGUAUGAAAUUAACGAACAUGAUCGUACAUGCAAGAAAAAGGCUCUGAAAGAUGACUUCCAGCCUUGGGCAGUCCCAAAAGAUGCAUCUCUGCUGGGCCAGGUUAUUUUGGGCAGCUCAUCUGCACCGGGAGAAGGACUCCUGGUCAACACUUGGAUGGGAGAUUUGCCCCAAAAAGCAGGAAAGUACAUCAGCACAGUCACUGAAUUUGGAUGCAUUCCUGUCAGCACAGCGUACAACACUGAUCAGUUUGGAUGGAUGAUGACAAGCUUCUUCAACAACGUGAUUGGGAUUUCGGACCCCGGUCGGCUCAACCCUCCAGACUUUUGCACGGGUGCAGAGGUGAAGGCUGAAGACGAGCCAGUAGACUUUCUCAGCUUGUUUCACAGCAUUAACUGAUGGGCUCCUUUAAAUAAUGUCUGGUACCUUGUUAACCCCCAAGAGCAUUAUUUCCUCUUUCCAGUAUCCAGAUAUUAAAGCCAAUUGUUUGUCAAACAUUUAAAAGGUGAUACAAUGUUGUGUUUUCAGUUUACCAAUAAAAAUACAAGAAUACAAAAAA